AUGUCCCCUACCAGCAAGACUUCCUUGAAAGAUAAGUACGCUGUGGCUGGCAACUUAAGAAACCUCGGUUACCGCAGCCAAAACGAUUCCGAUGAACAAGGGCAAUGGCGGACUUUGAAGAACGUGGUUUAUCCAAGGUCAUACAUAUAUCCAAAAGAUAACAUAGCUAUUUUGUGGACUCACAAGCCUUUUAUCUACAAUAGUUUCGUUGACUUCAUUCCCAUCGCUAAAAAGGGUAAAGACUACGUUGAAGAAUGUCUAGUGUCAGGUUUUGGGCGGAUUUCCAAAAAGGAGCUGUCUGAAAAACUUCUAGUGGCAUAUCUGCAACUAAUUCCUUAUAGGGCAUGCAUCAUAAAGUAUGCAGGAAGAAAUAUGCGCAAUUUUAUCUGCACUUCCGACCUAGUGACUUACGUUAGCAAGGGUGACUAUGGUGGCCCCCUCGUAUGCUAUAACACGGGCGAUCCCAACGAAGUUGAAGGAAAGGGCAUACUGUUCUUCAUGUUUACAUUUUAUUUAUAUUUUACUUUUAUUUUGAUAAAUCUUUUAGACGUGUCUGUUAGUAAAAGUGAUAAUGAAUCGGACCUCCAUUUGAAUGACUUUGUGCCACGUGUUGUCAAUGGCAGGCCAGCCAAACUGGGUGAUGUACCAUAUCAGAUAGCAUUUAAGAUGUUGGUCAAAAGGACACGCAUAUACGCCACGUUCUGCGGGGGCGUGAUCACCUCUCCAACUAAACUGCUUUCAGCAGCUCAUUGCUUCACGCGGGAUCAGAAUGUUUGUUUUAAAAUGUGUGGCAUAGGCGUAAAGAAGAAUUCCUUGGUGAAUAAGUACGCCGUGGCUGGCAACCUAAGAAACCGCGGUUACCGCAGUCAAAUUGAUUCCGAUGAAGAAGGUCAAUGGCGGACUUUGAAGGACGUUGUGUAUCCAAGGACUUAUAGAUUUCCAAGAGAUGACAUAGCUAUUUUGUGGACUCACAGGCCUUUUAUCUACAAUAGUUACGUUGAUUUCAUACCGAUUGCUUCGAUAAAUACCGACUACAUCGGAGAAUGUCUGGUGUCUGGUUUUGGGCGGAUUUCCGGAAAGGCAACGUCAGAUAAACUUCUUCUCGCAAAUUUAAAACUCAUAUCUGCAAGGAAUUGCAACUAUAUGCAUAGAAGAAAUAUGCGAUUAUUUGUUUGCACUUCUAGCGCUUUAACUGACGUUGGAAAGGGUGAUUCUGGUGGACCUCUUGUUUGCGCUAACACGGGCGAUCCCAAUGAAGUGGGAGGAAAAGGCAUACUAGUUGGCGUCGUCAGUGGACAUCGAUACCGCGUUGGCUCAUUCUUUACAAGAGUUUCAGCCUACUACUCGUACAUUGAGAGAAACCGAUGUUCUGGUCCUAAAUAG